UCUCAAUCGAUUGAGUAUUUAAUUAAGCUCUCACACUCACUCAGGAGCCCUUCUUCUGGCUGCUCUCAAAUCUCAAUCUCCGGCCUCCCUGCCCCUGGUCGGUUAUUUUUGGUGUUUUCUUUUUAAAAACGGACGGACCAAAGUGCAGAGUGCAGAGAGUGCAGGUGGUGAGGAUGGAGAUCGUCCACAUCCCAGAGAAGCUCCCGUUCCCUCCCCACCAACAACCCACCGUUGAUGUAUUCGCUGCACAGCUUGAGCCUAAGCUUGCCAAUACUCUUGUAAGGCGUUUAAACCAAAUUGCACCCCUUGAAACUCUUCGCCAUGUCAAGCGAAUCCGCAAGAAACUUCUACAAGCUCAAGAUGGCAAAACAGAGCUAUCAGUGAUCUUAUGCGUAGCUGAAAAUAACAAUGAGUUGUGCAACAUCCCAAACGAUGUACAGGACCUAAUCACUUCCUACCAGUUGAGCCCUUUUCGAACGAAAGUAUGCAAAUAUGCUGCCACAUCAAAAGAAGAGUGGGAAGAGCAAUGUAAACUAUGGCCAACAUCAUAUCAUCCUCCAACUUAUAAUAUUGACGGUAUCACGGGAUUCAGUGAAGAGGACUCUCAAUCAAUUUUCAGUUUCAUGAACGCUGCUAUUCAGCUGGCAAAAUCUAGUGGUCGCUCGGUUGUCAAUGCUGCACUUAUAGUGGAUCCUUCAGUUAAACGGGUAAUUUCUAGUGCAUGCGAUCAAACUUGCUCUUGGGAUACUCCAGAAGACAAGAAUGUCCUCAAAACCUGCUGCUUCAAACAGCCAAAAGCCUUCAAUUCAAAUACUGAUUGCGAGGGAACGGUGAGCUGUAAAACUCUGCAUUCCAACGGUUUUCCAGUUGAGGAAAAGCAGCUAUAUGCCCAUGUUUCUUGUUUAUUUCCGUGGGGAUGGGCUGAGCAGCAAGCACAUAUGGGUUCUUGUCGUUGGCACCCUUUACGACACGCUGCUAUUGUUGCCAUCGAGUCUUCUGCUGCCAGGGACCGGCACCUUUUUCCCAAUUUGUGUGACAUCCAAGACAAACCAGUUGAUACGGAUAAUGUGCAAUCUACUUCCAUGGGCUCUCUAGCAAAAAGACAAAAGACAGAUUUUGAAAAGGUUAAGGGUGAUGACAUCCUGGACUCUUGCGGGGAAGAUUCACAAUCUCUAUCAGCUAGGCCUUAUCUAUGUACUGGUUAUGACAUCUACCUUGUUUGGGAGCCAUGUACCAUGUGUGCAAUGGCCCUCGUUCAUCAGAGAAUCCGGCGUAUGUUCUUUGCUUUUCCAAACUCGAAUGCUGGGGCACUAGGAAGUGUUUAUAGACUACAAGGGGAAAGAAGCUUGAAUCAUCACUAUGCUGUGUUCAGGGUUAUGGUGCCUGAGCAAGUUCUCGAUACAGCCGUAACUUGCUGACUGCAACUGCUUACAGCUCUCCUAGUAAACGAGACCCAGAAAAAUUUUGUAUGAGAUGUCUCUGGUUAUAUUCUUUAGGAAAUUCUUUUUGUUUUUGGUCCCAAUGAUUCGGAAUUGAGAAAGCUGAAAAAGGACAUAUAGCCUCAGCGAGAACUGAGCUCUUCGAACUAUGACUGCAAAUUGACAUCAGAGGCAGCCCAUACCUAGGCUGUGACGCUUCUGUCUGAACUUCAUUUACAACAAGGGGAAGACAAUUUAUGGAGAAUGGGGCAAACUUUUUUAGUUUAGCAUAUAUAGAAACUAGAUGGUAAUAGAUCCCGGAUUUCUUAU